UAUCAUCAUGCUGCAUCUGAUCUGAAGACUUCAGUCAAGCCAUGGCACUGCUGACGUUGGACACCGUGUGCCAAUAUGUAAAGACUCAACUGAAAGACGAAGCUUCAGCCCCUUUGGAUGUAAGUCAGGAACUGCGGGCCUCUGAGGUCACAGGCGGUAACCUGAACUAUGCGUUUGUGGUCCGUGAUGACAAGAACGCUGUUUUUGUGAAGCAGGCUCCAGAGUACAUCAAGGUCAUCGGCCCAACGGCGCAACUGACGCGGGAGCGGAUGCGCUUGGAGGUCAUGGUCUACCAGGAGUGGCAACAACGAGGUGCUGAGAUUUCCAGAUACAUUCCACGGAUUUGGAAGUUUGAUGACAACGCCAUGGCCUUUAUCAUGGAAUUCCUGGAGUCCUAUCAGUUGCUUCAGCGGAGCCUCUUUGAGGGUGAUGCUCAGAAGUCAGUGGCCCUGCAGCUGGGGGAGUGCAUGGCCAUGAUGCAUUCCAGGACACACUGCAGCAGGUUGGACCCCGCGGAAGUAUCUCGCCUAACAUCGAGCUACGAGAAUCGUUUGCUUCGAGACAUUCAGCUGGAGUACGUCUUCUCCAAGUGCUACCGGUGCGACCCACGCGCCGCUGCACUGCGGGAGGACGCCAAGUUCAUGGCGGAGGUGGAGGAGCUGAAGGCGGUCUACAACGGCCGCGCGCUGCGGAACCUGGCGCUGUGUCAUGGCGAUCUCCAUGCGGGCAGCGUGAUGGUCGAUGGCCCAAGCUUGGGAGUCAAGGUGAUCGAUCCAGAGUUCGCCAUUUUCGGGCCCCCGGGCCUAGAUGUGGGAUCACUUCUCUCCACCUAUGUCCUGGCCUAUUGCUUCCACCAAGCGCAAAAACACCCCUGUGCACCAGAGAUGAUGGCUGCGGCGCAGAAGAUUUGGGAGGCUUAUGUGGGAGCCAUGAAGGCUGCGGACUUCUCCAGUGAACUUCUGCAGCAGAUCGAGGUGGAGACCUUGGGCUUCAUCGGCUGCGAAGUGGUGCGCACUGCUUUGGGCCUGGCUUUCGAGCGAUCACUGCGGAUUGAGGACGAGAAGUUGAAGGCCUCCGCCGAAGACGCCGCGCUCCACCUGGGGGUCACCUGCAUCCUCCGGCGGCGUGAAGGCAUGGCGGCAUUGACAGCCGCCAUCGCCGACUUUGCAGCUGGCUGAAACGGCAGAAAAACAAGGGGAGUGUGAUAGAUCGCUGAUCGCUUGAAUGUGGCACACCCAGACCCAAAGCAUCCCAAAGACAU